AUGUCGACCGAAAGCGACACCGCCGAUACUGAUAGCCUGGCUGGCACGUUUGUGGUCCUGCAGGGCUUGCAGGACUUGCAGGCGGCUGCGGGCCGCGAGCAGCCUCGGCGGAAGCGAGCGCAUCGAAAGAGCAAGCAAGGCUGUGCCGCAUGCCGGCGGCGACGCGUCAAGUGCGACGAGAACGAGCCGUGCGCUCACUGCGUCCGGCGCAAAGAGCAGUGUCGGCGGCUGUCGGCCAAGGACACGAAAACAAAAACACACGAUGACCACGCGGCCCAAGACGCCCGACUCGACAUUGCCCGCAGCCUGUCCAGCCCACGCCUCGAGAAUGACGCGGACCCGCACGUCAAUCUGUGGCACCUCGAGCUGUUCCAUCACUUUGCGCAGCGGACGGUGGCGACGCUUUCUUUCCCAGAUGUGUGGCCCACGCUGCUGCAGCAGAGUUUUCAUGACGAGUGCAUCAUGUGGGCCAUCUUGUGCACGGCCAGCUGCCAUCUGGCCGCCCUCGCGCCGCAGGAUCCCCGGUACGCGGGACCGUCGCCGGCGUCUCUGCCGUUUUUGCCCAAGGCGCUCGGCCUGUUCCGCCAGAACCUCGCCCGGCCCUUCACCAAGGCCAACGCGGACGCGCUGAUGGGCUGCGCCAUUCUCAUGAAUUACAUUGCGUGGACCAGCCUGACGUUCCUCGACGGUGACGGCAAUGCCUCUGGCGGGCUGGACCUGUCGCACGACCCCCUCUUCCUCCUCAGCCCAGGCGUCCGCCACGUCUACACGCAGGCCAUGCCCGUCUUCAUAGCUGAGCAGAGCGUGUUUUUGUCCAUUGCCUUUGAACAUCCGCGCCGCAACAUCGAAGCAGCCCUCGCUCGGCACGGCCACGAUCCCACUCGAUUUGUCGAACCUUUUAUGCGCUGCUGGGACGGCCCAGAGUUUCAGCAGUUUCGGGGACCCGACGGAGUGGCCAGCACGCUGUCGAGCUCAUCAACUUCAUCAACUUCAUCGACGUCAUCGACGUCAUCGACGUCAUCGACUCCAUCGCCUGCCUUGCGUCCAUCGCGCACGUCAGCGUCAUGGCUGCUCUUUACCGAGUUUGAAUACGAGUUGGCCUGGGGCAGGAUUGCCAAACUGCUGACGGCAUCCUCGACGGCAGAUGACACCCAGCCAGAAGCAGCCACGGCCAGCUCCAACACAAAGAGCCUGGGUCAAUGCCCCCUCCAAAAGCUCAAGACGCUGUUCGCGAUGCCGGCGGACCCCGAACCUGAACCUGUGCCCGUCGCGCCCAUGGAGCUCGUCGACCCGCAGCUGACCGCCGCACGCACAGGCUACGAGCGUGUGGCCUGCUGCCUCUCGCCGCUCUUGUGCUGCGCAGCAUUGUCGGCGUCAGCAUUGUCCUCCUCCGCAAACGGUGACGACGCGUGGUGGUGCACCGCCGACGGCCGGCGCCUCUUCUUCACCAUUCCGCUCCUCUGCAGCGGCCCCUUUUUGCAGCCCGUCGUCCAGGGCGACGCGCGCGCCUUGCUUCUGCUCUUCCACUUUUACCGGGCGGCGCGCAUCGUGCUGUCGGCAACGGAGGAGGCGUGGUGGGCGCGCGAGCGGAGCCGCGUCAUGGAGCAUCGGAUUGGGACGGAGUUGCGGAGACGGGGGUUCACUGCCUGUCUCAUCGUUGGCGUUGUCGGUCAGGUAGGGCACCAUUUUCUUCGCGUGCCGCUUGGCGCCCGUGAGGGAGAGCGUGACGUCGUACGCCGUGGUGUCGUUGUUGAUCACCUGCGUCGCGAUCUUGCCGUCCGUGUUGCGGAACGCGCUGGUGUAGAGCAGGCGGGCCGACGACGUCGCCUCGACGCGGCGCGCGCCGGGACGCGCAAAGCGGCUGAACUGCGCCAUGGACCAGAACCGCUUGGACGGCACAAUCGUGUCGUUGAGGAGGUUGAUGAGGCCGCUGUUGGUCGUCGAGUUCUCGGCGCCGAUCCAGUACAGGAACCCGCUGACGUUGGCGUCCACGAACGCCGUCUGCACGUAGCGCGCCCACCGCAGGCCCUCGCCCGGCCCGUCGACAUCGUAGAAGACGGUCGGCGUAAAGCCGCCCGCGAGGUCGGCCCACUCGCUGAGCCACGUCUUCUUGGUCGUCGAGAGCGGGUACGUCGGCGCUGCGUCGUAGCCGUGGCCCGUGACGACGUCGAGGUACUGCUCCGCGGGGUCCGGGCCGGCCUGCAGGCCCGCCAUCAUGGCUUCCUGGUCGUCCCAGCCGAUGCCGUCGCAGCAGGUGAUGCCCACGUCGAGGCGCGCCCGUCGGAUGGUCUUGGCCAGCACGCGGAUAAAGUCGGCCGCCUGCGUUCCGUUGGACAGCAUACCAGCAUAGGGGGCUAG